UUGACGUGCUCUUACUCCUUCCGGGUUAGUGCGCUCUCUGGCAUGGUUGUUGGAUUUGUAGACCCACACAACAUGUGUAACUAAAAAUUUGAAAAUAAGAUGAGUUCUCAGAAAGGUAAUGUAUCUCGGUCGCGAGGCCAGAAGCAUCAAAACACCACUGCCUUCAAAAACGACAAGUACGGAGCGACUGUACAAGUGACGAAGGCAAAAUCAAAGAUCCACGAUGGGCUCUGUCAACACUGUAAGGGUGUUCUUGAGUGGAAAGUCAAGUACAACAAAUACAAGCCACUGACCCAGCCCCGAAAAUGUGUCAAAUGUUCUCAAAAGACUGUGAAGGAUGCGUAUCACGUCAUUUGUAAGCCCUGUUCUCUUCAGCUAGAGAUCUGCUGCAAGUGCGGGAAGAAAGAGGACAUUGUUAUUCCGAUAAACUCACAUCUGGACCAGAAAGAGCCAGAGGAAGAUGGUGAACAGACAAAGAAAGGACGUGGGCGAGGGAAGAAGGACAUGGACAGUGAUGAUGAUUUUGAUAAUGACUUUGGUGACCUUGAAGAUGAAGAUGAUGAAGAUUUUGACAGUGACUCAGGACCAAAGAAAACACAGGACAAGUCUGCCACACUCCCAGAUGUGUCCCGAGUCAGUGUUAAAGACUGAAAACAGCAAGAGGGUUCUUGUUGUACCAAGUGGACUUAAAAAAAAUACUUACAUACCAACCAAAUUUUAAAAUCAAUGUACAGUAUGAGGUUUGUGAUGUGACAAAUUAACAGAUGCAAAUAAACUAAUGUUGCCGGUU